GCGACGGCUUUGGCCCCGGAGGACUCGACUCGCCGUCCCGCUGACGUCAUGAGCGCGCGACGGCUUUGGCCACACGAGUUGAUGGGCAGCACCCGGGCUGGGUCUCUCUCAGCGUGGUCCCGGGCAACGCGUUCGGGUGGGCACGACCGGAAGUGCCCGCAGUGGCCUCGCCCUGCCCCAUGAGACUGGGCAGUUGCCCGAGGGGCGCCGGGGGAGACCGGGGUCUGCAGCUGGCGAGCACUGCAACUCGCUCCGUAUAUGUGCGUGUAUGAGCAGGAAGAGACUUAAGAGAAGUGGAUUCCAGCGAUCCUGAGUCAUUGAGGUGGGCUCCUGCGAGAUCCACAGCUUCUGCCCAGGCUUUGAAGCAUUUUCCUUAGGCCUCGAGGCUGGGGUGCAUGUAAGGAGAAGAUGACCUUUCAGUUUAACUUCGAGAUACCAGAUCACGUGAGAACUGAGUUGACACCCGUUGCGGGUGGAGCUCUGACCCAGGAUUCCUCAAAAGACUCUUCGGUCUCAGGAAGCCGAAAGGAUCAACAGAGAGAUGGAAAGUACUCACCUGCGUCCCAAGAAACGGCAGCUAAAAGUCCCCGUAACGGGGAGCCACGUGAAGAACGGACCAGCUUGAGAGUUGCCAAAGAGCACCCCAUGCCUAGUGACCCCAAGAAAGUGUUGGAGAAGAAAGUCCUGGAAACGGUCCCCGGCCUGGAGGAUGUUGGCCUGACCCUGAUAAAAACCGCCUCGUUGACCGAGAACUUCCCGGGAGAGAACAUUAUCUCGAGGACUUUUUCUGCUCACUCCGAUCUAAUUCCCGGGGUGUAUGAGGGGGGUUUGAAAAUCUGGGAGUGCACCUUUGACCUCUUGACUUAUUGUACUGAGUCCGCCGUGCAGUUUGCCGGGGCGAAGGUUUUGGAUCUGGGGUGCGGCUCCGGCUUGCUGGGUAUAACCGCGCUCCGGAGGGGAGCCCGGGAAAUUCACUUUCAGGAUUAUAACAGCACAGUGAUCCAGGAAGUGACCAUCCCUAACGUCGCAGCCAACGCUGCCCCGGAAGCCGCAGACGAGGACCCCGGGGAAGUGCUACGAUGCGGGGGUCCAAAGGGAGCCCCCAGGCCUGGUCGCUGCCGGUUCUUUUCCGGGGAAUGGUCUGAGUUCUGCAAGGUGGUCCAAAGCCCAGGAGAGCCCUUCGAAAAGUACGAUCUCAUUCUCACUUCUGAAACCAUUUACAACCCGGAUUACUACGAGGCUCUGCACCGGACGCUGCAGAGCCUGCUAGCCACGGAGGGCCGCGUGCUCUUGGCCAGCAAAGCGCAUUAUUUCGGCGUCGGCGGAGGUGUCCAUCUGUUCGAGCAGUUUGUGGAGGAACGGGACGUGUUUGAGACGAGAACGCUCAAAAUCGUGAGCGAAGGACUGCAGAGAUGCGUCCUUGAAAUGACGUUCAAAGGUUCCCGUUGAGGGGGCUGGAGCGAUAGCACAGCGGGGAGGGCGGUUGCCUUGCAUGCAGCCGACCCGGGUUCGAUUCCCAGCAUUCCAUAGGGUCCCCUGAGCACCGCCAGGAGUGAUUCCUGAGUGCAUGAGCCAGGAGUAACCCCUGUGCAUCGCCAGAUGUGACCCAAAAAGGAAAAAAAAAAAAAAGGUUCCCGUUGAGGGUCACUGAGUGACAGGCAGGAAAUAAAGAAGCCGA